UCUGACGAUAGACUCUGCGUGGGGGUUUUCGCUUGAUGUCAUUGGGAAAGACUCGAGAGCUGCGUUCACGUCGUUGUUUCUCAUGCUUCAGUGGCGUUUAGCUGUCUUUAAUUCCCUUACGCACUCACAUAACACACUUUAACCCUUCCAGGCUGGCUUUUCAUCCGUUUUUGGCAUGAAGAAGAUGAUGCGGUGGUGCCGUGCUCGCCCUCGGCGGUCGUGCAGAUGCGCGUGCAGCUGAGGCGAAAGAUGGACCAUAACACCGUCGACGAAAACGACCGAUUGCGGCUCUAAAUAGCUGUUUUUCGUCUUUUCCUUUUAAAAUCCCGCCGACGAGAACUUGUUUUGAGAUGGCUAUGAGGACGUCGAGCGGCACCAGGCCCUCCGGACGGCAAACAAACGGUCGGGAUCUGUAGCCCGUUAGCUAAUAACAGAAGAACACUGCAGUCACCAUACGAGGAUGAUGAGGAGGGAACAUCAGCCCUGAGCUCUUAAUAGGAGGAAGAUCAGGGACAUUGCCUGGUCUUUAGGGCCGUUAUAUUGAUCUAAAAGGGCCCAGGACUUCAUAUACAUCCACAUCAUAUCAUAUCAUGCAGUUGGGAUUGAACAGUGAACAUCCUGCUUACUGACUGCUUUCUUGCAUCUUAAGAAAGAUUUGCUCACUUCUUCAGUAUAGCACCAGUGACCACAUAACCUGAGAUGGAUAAACUUACCAUUAUUUCAGGAUGUCUUUUUCUGGCUGCGGAUAUAUUUGCCAUAGCGAGUAUUGCCAAUCCAGACUGGAUCAACACUGGCGAGUCAGCAGGUGCACUUACUGUCGGACUGGUGCGACAAUGUCAGACCAUUCACGGUCGAGAUCGAACCUGCAUCCCCCCGCGACUCCCGCCAGAGUGGGUGACCACGCUGUUCUUCAUCAUCAUGGGCAUCAUCUCCCUCACGGUCACCUGUGGCUUGCUGGUGGCCUCUCACUGGCGCAGAGAAGCCACAAAGUACGCCAGGUGGAUCGCCUUCACAGGAAUGAUCCUGUUUUGUAUGGCAGCCCUCAUCUUCCCAAUAGGAUUCUACAUUAAUGAAGUAGGGGGACAACCGUACAAAUUACCCAAUAACACAGUGGUGGGCUCCUCAUAUGUACUGUUCGUGCUCUCCAUUUUCUUCACGAUAGUGGGGCUCCUUUUUGCGGGAAAAGUCUGCCUUCCUGGCUGAGGGAACAUUCCCAGCAGGGACAUCUGGAGUGUUCAAAGUGAUUUCGGAGGAAAACGGCACUCGAGGAGCAUUAACAGAGGAUGGUAUUAUAUGGUUAUAACUCGCUGAACUGCACAACGACGAUAAAAACAUUGAAUGCGCACAACGGUGCAUCCGGCUACAUGCUCUCCUUUGCCCAACCUGUGCUUAUUUAAACCCUGUCUUUAUGUUGCAUUUUGGGCGUGAAAGUACAAGGGGCCAUUCAAAAACAAAAGAGUGCACCACAACGGCUGCUUCCACUACAGUUUUCUUUAUUUCGUUGUUGUCGUUCAAGGAUUAAAGUUUCAGUAUGUUCCAUUCAUUCAAGUUCUGCAGUUUUUAUAUACACGACCCCCAUGCCUUUGUGGAGAAGAAUGACAAGACAGUGGUGAGGAACGCAGGCGGAGGGAGACUCGAUAGGGCCCUGUGGACACGGUCCAUCAAAAAAGGGUCAAGGUUGUACGUCCUCAGUGAGAGGCCCAAGAGCUGGCCAAGGCAAAACACUGUUACAAAAGAGGGAAAGGGAAAAGGGAACAGUAUUAAAAUAUUAUUUUUGCUUGAACACUACAUGAGGCAAACGGACCAGGACUGCCGGUCAGGACCCUGCAAAGCUUUACCUCACUCUUAAACACUCAGAUAUCGAUGGAUGUGUCUCUAGUUAUGAAUCCCAUACCAAAAGAAACUCCUGCCUGCCUUCAGUGUAGAGUCAGUUCAGUUUGGUUGCAGGCUGGAAGUUGUUGUUUGACUUUGUACCUGGUCAUCUUUUUUGUCUUGAUCCCUAGAUUUGCAGAGCCUUUGGUUUUAUUUUGCUGAUGUGCCAUAAAUCAGUUUUGGUUGUAUGAACGCAAGAGGCAAGACUUUGGUUUUAGGGAGCAUUGUGCAGUAUAGCCAUUUAUUAGGUGAUGCACUACAAAUGUACAAAAAGAGAACUCCUUACCUCAUUAUUUUAAAUUUCAAACUACUUCCCCCAUAGUUUACCAUGAUAAAAAUGUGUGCCCUGUAAGUUAUGUUCUGCUCGAUCAUAGACAUUUCAUCAAAAUGCUGUGAUAAUGGCAAAAUUAUUUAUCUGACACUGAAUAAAAGGAGAUCAAGAAGGUGUGUGUUACAUCAGUUGUUCUGUUUCUGAAGCGUUCCCCCAUAUGGGUAAGAAGUGUGUGCUUUAAGACUGUAUCUUUACAGUUGAACAAAGUUACAAUCUCUGUUUAUUUAUGACUUAUGUAUAUGAAGGUAACAUUUUUCUCAAAAUAACCGAUUCAAGUUUUUUUCCUCUUUCAAAUGUGCUUUGAUUUUGUUUUCAAACGACUCAUUUUCAGUCUCCUGUACAUUCUUUACUAAAUUAAUUUACUUCUUUGGGAGAAUGGACUUUCCUCCGAAACAUUCAAAUUCAUCAUCGUAGCAAAAAAACCCUGAUACAUUUAUUUGUAUAAACUAUUUUAAGGAUUCUCAUACAUAUACGGAGUAAAAGCUUACAUUUGGAGCGAUAAAUUAAAAGGGUUGUAAAAAUAGAAACGCAAAAAAUAUCCUUUAAUUGUUUCAUUCAGGAUUUGUACAAUUGGUCUUGGCAAAAGGAAUCUCACUUCUUUGUAGCACUUGGACCUAAGUUAAUGUGAAAUGUCAGUGGCCUGCCGUGAAAAACAUCACCUUCAUCCUAAAGACAGCACUUGCUUUUUUUUUGACACCCAUCAUAAAAUGGAAAAUGGCAUUUGCCAAUAAGAAAUCUGUUAUUUAUGGUUUGAAAAGGGAAUGAGACCAAUGUAUGAAUAAUAGUAUUAUCUAUCAAAGGAUGUUAUCAGUCCUUGUGCACAUUUACUGUUCAAGAGAUUCAUAUUACUGACAAGACAAACUUUUCUCUGCUUCUCUUUGUUUCAAUAUUUCACUGUAUACAAUUAAAGGCAUACAAGAAAGCA